GGCUGGUAGGGGUAUAUUUCUCCACACGAGCCUCCUCCUCAUCUCUCCUCGCUUGCCCUAAUUCCGCACCCCCCCCCGGCUGAGGCAGCAGCGGCGGCGCCGGCGGCGGCUCACCAGCGGUACAGGGAAGAAUGGGGAGGUACAGCCCCGCGUACAGCCCCCCGAGGAGAGGAUACGGCGGCAGGGGAAGGAGCCCGCCUCCGAGGAGAGGAUACGGCGGUGGCGGUGGCCGUGGUGACCAUGGCUCUGUCAGCCUCCUGGUCCGCAACAUUCCAUUGAGAUGCAGGCCUGAGGAACUCCGUGUCCCUUUCGAACGGUUUGGCCCUGUUCGGGAUGUUUACCUGCCAAGAGACUAUCACACUGGGGAGCCAAGAGGGUUUGGAUUCGUGGAGUUUGUUGAUGCUUAUGAUGCUUCUGAGGCGCAAUACCACAUGAACCGUCAGAUGUUUGCUGGGCGUGAAAUAACUGUUGUACUUGCUGCUGAUACAAGGAAGAGGCCUGAGGAUAUGCGUAGACGAACUGGUCCAAGAGGUUAUUCUGGUCAUGAAGGGCGUCGUCCUUAUCGCCAUGGCCGGUCUCGUUCUCGUUCAUACUCGCGUUCCCGCUCUCCACGCCCGCGUGGCCGUGGUAGAUCACAGUCAUACUCCCCUGCCCCGAAAAGGCGUGAUGACUACUCUGCUUCCCCACCACGGUCAAAGGAAGAGAAUCCGAGGUCAUCAAAACAGCCUAAAGAAAAUGACAGGGAUAAGAAGAGGAGGUCCUAUACUCCCGAUGAUAGAAAUGAUCGCCGUGGUGCGGAGAACGGUCAUGACGAGAGGAAGAAGUCCCCAGCAGGCGAGGAGGACGAGAAGCCUCAUCGCGGUCGCCGCAGGUCGCCCCGGCCAGCGUCCAUGUCGCCUCCAGGGUCGCGGUCAAGGUCGGCGUCGCCAGCUAUCAGCAGCUGAUGAAUGUGGCGAUGGAACUGAAGGGUGUGGGCACAGAUUGGUUGGCCCCUUGUGCUGAUUGGGGCAGUUUAUCUCUGCUGCUAGGCUCUGUUUUGUUUUUCCUAAGUGGAUUGUUUGUAUGUGUUGGCUAAGUCAGGUGUUGGUUGCUCGGAAUGGAUGGAUGGGUGGUGUCGGUGGGUGGAGACGGUUUUGUAUGGUGUCUUUGUAUGUGUCUGAGAUAUUUUGAAGACUCUGGUUGUAAACCUGGUAUGGUACUAGUGGUAAUUGUUCUGGAUGUGCUGUUUUAGGUUAAUGAAUGAAUGAUGACUGGAAUUAGUUGUGCAA